UUUCUUUAAACCAAAUUCAGCAAUGUGAAAUAUUGCAUUAAAUUCUUAGUCAAAUUAUUUCUGUUGUAUACAUAAUGUAUAAAGGCUUCACAAGAAUAUUGGCUCUUUAUUGUACAGAAAAGGCGCAGCCAUGUGUUUCUCCAUUUAUAAGAACAAAUGUGUUAUGUACUCGUAACGGGAAGUUGGGGUGUAUAGGUUAUGUUUUUAAAAGGACUAAAAAACACGACCGCGGCGGGCCUUCCUCUUUAUUUGUGCCUGUGCCGGUGAAGCCGAAUCCUGAUGACAUAAACAUAGGCGAGGAGUUCACAGGACGAUUGAAAAAACAAGAUUUACUGAAGAUUUUGAACCGGUUUUAUCAGAAGCCAGAAAUACGCGUUUUAGCGUCUGAGAAUGGCUUGGAUGACCAGUUAUUGCAUCAGGCAUUCCUUUCAUUUAGAAGACAUUGUUUAGAACAUGAUUUGCCGCCUGAUUUACAUAUAACUAUAAGUGAUAUAGUUCAAGGUGCUGGGCACGUAGAUGACUUGUUCCCCUAUUUUCUCCGCCAUGCUAGAUUAGCCUUCCCACAUUUAGACUGUUUAGAUGACUUGAAGAAAAUAUCUGACCUCAGAACUCCAGCAAACUGGUACCCUCAAGCAAGGAGUAUGAACAGAAAGAUAGUAUUCCACGCUGGCCCAACGAACUCUGGGAAGACAUAUCACGCCAUGGAGAGGUUCCUUGAAGCCAAGUCUGGUGUGUACUGCGGUCCGCUCAAACUGUUGGCCACGGAGAUAUACCAUAAGUCUAAUAAGAGGGGUGUACCCUGUGAUCUAAUCACUGGUGAGGAGCGACGGCAUGCUAGCCAGAGCAGUUCCCUCGUAGAGUCAGACCUAGAAUCUACCUCGGACAACUCAGAUACACUUAUAGAGUUAGAGACUGAGUUAACACCGUCCACCCACACCGCCUGCACUGUGGAGAUGACCUCACUCAAUAAUACUUAUGAAGUAGCAAUAAUUGAUGAAAUACAAAUGAUCGGAGACAGAGGGCGCGGGUGGGCGUGGACAAGAGCGAUUUUAGGAUUACAAGCGGAUGAGAUACAUUUAUGUGGCGAGGCUGGCGCGAUUAAUCUAGUCGAAGAGAUAUGCAACACAACCGGUGAAGAGUUAGAGGUGCGAACAUACAAAAGACUAACGGAGCUCAAAGUUGAGGAUUGCGCUCUGGCGUCACUCGACAACGUAAAACCCGGGGACUGUAUAGUGUGUUUCAACAAGAACGACAUAUACAGCGUGAGCCGAGCCAUUGAACAGAGGGGCCACGAAGUAGCGGUUAUAUACGGAAGCUUGCCACCCGGCACAAAACUGGCCCAGGCCAACAAGUUCAACGACCCGGACAGCUCAUGCAAAGUCAUGGUGGCUACGGACGCUAUAGGACUUGGUAUCAACUUGAGUAUAAGGAGGAUAAUUUUCUACUCCCUAAUAAAGCCCGUGAUAAACGAAGAUGGCGAUAAGGAAAUGGACGUCAUAAGUAUAUCACAGGCUUUACAAAUCGCAGGUCGCGCCGGUCGCUACGGCAGCGCGUGGGAGACCGGAUACGUGACCACAUACAGACCGGAAGACCUGCCAACACUCAAGGAGUUACUUAGCAAACCUCCGGACCCGGUCACCCAAGCCGGUCUCCAUCCCACUUCUGAACAGAUGGAGCUAUACGCGUACCAUCUGCCUCACGCUAGCCUUAGCAGUCUCAUGGACAUAUUCGUCCACCUCUGCACCGUAGACGACUCACUAUACUUUAUGUGCAACACGGAGGCCUUCAAGUUCCUAGCAGAGAUGAUACAACACGUCCCAUUGCCGUUGCGAGCGCGCUAUGUGUUCUGUUGCGCGCCCAUUAACAACAAACUACCGUUUGUGUGCGCAACCUUUCUCAAGAUGGUCCGCCAAUACAGUCGGAAUGACCCCAUCACUAAAAACUGGAUGUCCAACACAGUCGACUGGCCGCUGCCGGCACCAAAGACCAUUAUGGACCUAGUUCAUCUCGAGGCUGUGUUCGAUGUACUUGAACUAUAUCUGUGGCUGAGUUACCGGUUUCCAGACAUGUUCCCCGACGUGAAACUAGUCAGAGAAAUGGAAACAGAACUAGACGCCAUCAUCCAACAAGGCAUUUUCCAAAUUACCAGGUUACUAAGGAACUCCGAGCAGGUGCUUCGAGAAGACGGCGAGGACGCGGCUCACGCGAGACACAGGAAGCCGAGAACUCACGCGAGAGACGAGACCAAGGGGAAACUGUCAGAGAUGCUCGUGUCUAAGGGCCUAAUAACACCACAGAUGCUAAAGAAAUUGCAACAAGAAUUAUCAACAGAUAAGAAGACAGACACCGUCAGAGGGAAGCCAAAUAGAAAUAGAAGAAAAUGAGUGGUCUAGUUGUACUAUAUAUCUUUAGUUUGUACUUGACAGAUGUUUUUUAUACA